CGGCGGAGGUGGCCUUUCGUGCGUACCUCGAGCACCUACACUGCGCGCGGGCGUUUGGACGUAAAUCGUAGUGGACCUUCUUCCCCCAGCAGGACGUGCGUCUCCUGGAACCAGACCCUCGAGGGAGGACCGCACUGGCGAAUUUGGAGCGGUUUUACUUCUCCCGCAGCAUUUUUCGUCAGAGACCAUGGAAGAGGCCUCACGAGUUUCCUCACAUUAUAACCUCCCCAUCCCUCCCCGAAGCGCCGUCUCCCCUCUCCAGCAAAAUGGUGCUGGCUAACUCAUGUCUGUGAGAUCAGUUGUGUCGUUUAACUUGGCUUUCUGGUAAAUUCGUGGACAGUAGACUCGAAAAGAUUUUUUCUGAGCCCUUGGAUAUCAGUAUAUUCCGUUAGAAACAUGACUUUGCUGCCAAUGCAUCAGUUCUUACCUGGCCUUGAGAGACUGACACGCUGCAAUUCAGACUUCUAUAUUUCCUGUGAAUCACAAAUGAAAACAUCUGUGAAAAGUCAGGGCACACUGAUAUGUUAUGUUGGUAACAUUAGCAUUUCUAUUAGAUUAAAGUUUUGGAAGACUCUAAAUAGCUUCUUCAGCCUCUAACUUUUUUUACAGGAGAGAAAAGUGAAGCUCUACUUCUAGAACUUGGUCUGGAUUAGGACUCCUGCCUCUUGUGUGCAUCUUUAUAUGUUUAUAUUGAAACAUAGUAUCUUUAUACAGAGAAGAUGGCAGAAUCACUAGUGUCUUAUAAAUAGCCAUUAAUCCCACCAACCCAUCCCAUUUUCAUUCAGGAAAUAUAAGAAAUGCUGAAUAAAGAUUAUUAGUUGCCCGGUUCCACAGAUAAAUUGGAAUAAAUCCAGGUACAGUGGAACAAAUCCAAAUACAGUAACCGGAGUGGAAGUUACUUUUUUUAAACUAAAAUAUUAGGUUUUCCCAUGAUUUCCUGAAGGAAAAAAUAAAAUCAAGUUUUAAAAGUUUUACUAGGUAGACUUUCAGUAUGGUUUUGCAAAAUUAUCCUCAGCUUUCAAUAAACUUUCAAUAAGAGCUCUCCCCUUAGAUUGUUUAUCAACUAGUCACCGUGUAGAAGAGAUCUUUAUUUUUUGAAAGGUGGUUUGGAGUCAGUUCUUACAGUGUUACUGGUUCCCAGCUCCUUGGAGGUACCCGACAACAUACAGAUCUCAGCAACACAACUCUGGCCUUCUACGUUUCUUGUCUACUCUGUCGGCACAGUGGCAUGCAGCCUGGCUCUAAAGAGGGAAGGCUUUCAAGCCCCCUUGUCAGCGGAGCCUUAAGGUGAACUGCAGGAAGGUCCAGCCCGGUACUUGUGGUGCAGAGCCAGCCAGAGAGGCGUGGAGAGGCCAGAGCUGUAGCUCUGUGCAGCCCACUCAAGGAUGUCUCCCAGCCUUCAGGAAGGUGCUCGGCUUGGGGAAAGCAAACCCUCGCCCUGCUCCUUUUUAAUUGAGAGCAUCUUAGGACUGGACCAGAAGAAAGACUGUGUUGCAUCAAUGAAACCCCACAGGCCCUGGGCAGACACCUGCGGCUCUUCAGGGAAAGAGGGUAAUCUAUGUCUACAUAUCCCAAGUCUUCCUAAUGGGAUCUCAUUACCUCAUACUGUGGAUCACUCAGUGCCGGAAGAAAGUGUUUUGAAAUAUGAAGAUUACUUUUCAGCCUCAGAAAGACUUUCCUUGAAAAGAGAGUUGAGUUGGUAUAGAGGCCGAAGACCUAGGACUGCCUUUACUCAAAACCAGAUUGAAGUGUUGGAAAAUGUCUUUAGAGUAAACUGCUAUCCUGGCAUUGAUAUCAGAGAAGACCUAGCUCGAAAAUUGAACCUAGAGGAAGACAGAAUCCAGAUCUGGUUCCAAAAUCGGCGUGCAAAGCUGAAAAGAUCCCAUAGAGAAUCACAGUUUCUAAUGGCAAAAAAAAAUUUCAACACAGGUCUCUUGGAAUAGAUAGAAAACUAAACAUGGGAAAUUAUCUUCCAGUUGUGGCACAUGAAGAAUCAAUGGAAAUAUCAAAUGUUAAAAAUGUGAUGUUUUAUUUUCUGUGUUUAAUCUGAGUAUUGUCUUUUUUUUUCCUGAAAAUAUAUUGUAAAUAAUUACUAUUAUAACAUGGUACCUAUUAUACUUGGGCACUUUUAGUUACUUGUAAUAAAGGCCUUUCCUAUAUAUUUUAAUAAACAUUUUCAGAAAAAGCCAUCUAUUUUUUGUGGGAAAUUUAAUCUAAUAAAUUAGUUUGCUAAAAUUAGUAAACUCAUGCCUACUUGACUCCACAACUGGAUUCCAUUUACAAAAUAAUUGAAAUCAAAUAAUCUGAAGAAUGGCACAGAGGUUUGUUUCAGUAAGUUUCAGUAAGUUUGUUUCAGUGUUUCCUUCAACUGCAUUUUGAAACAUGAUUAUUCUUAAAUAUAGAGUAUGAUUUAUUCAUGAAUCUUUUGUUUCUCUUGAUUUCUGGCAUAAAG